GCCACAAAUCCGCCGCGCUCUCUCUCCAACCCACAGGGACACAAAAAUCAAGCUUCACUCGAGAGAAACUUAGACAAUACCUCCAAAAUGAAUCGUCUCUUUGGCUCCAAGAGCACUGCACCAAAGCCAAACCUCCAGGGCGCCAUCUCGAACCUCGAAACCCGGAUCGAAUCAAUUGAUGUCCAACUCUCAAAGCUCAAUGCGGAGCUCUCCACCUAUCAGCAGCGCUUGGCUAAAAUGCGAGAUGGGCCCGGAAAGAGCGCAUUGAAACAAAAGGCACUCAAAGUCCUACAGCGCCGAAAGAUGUAUGAGUCUCAGAAGGACCAGCUCCAACAGCAAUCCUGGAACAUGGAACAGGCUGGAAUGAUGCAAGACAACCUCAAAAAUGUUAUGGUCACGGUCGAUGCGUUAAAAACCACGAAUAAAGAGCUCAAGAAGCAAUAUGGGAAGAUCGAUAUUGACAAAAUCGAGCAGCUUCAGGAUGAGAUGGCGGAUCUCAUGGACAUCGGGAAUGAUAUUCAAGAGUCCAUUUCUAGAUCAUACGACAUUCCAGAAGAUGUCGAUGAAUCCGAGUUAGAUGCUGAACUUGAGGCUUUAGGUGAAGAGGUAGAACUGGGUGGGGGAUGGGAUGCUGAUACGAUCGGCGGGGAGGUCCCGAGCUUCUUACAGGCCGAACCGGGAAUUCCCGAUUUUGUGGAUGAGCCCCCUGCAGGUGAAAAGGUCAAGCAGGCAAUUUAGAGACAUAUCCUGAAGCUUAAAGCUCCAUCCCCAAACGGUUGGGCUAUUUUUUGUAAAUCCAACUAUACCCUUCCUUCGAUAUAAUUUGUCGGGGUUUCCCAUGAAUGUAACGGUAUUCACGGGGGUUUCUUUACCUGUUUCUUUGGAGUUGGUGUUAUCAGGGUUCAAUUGGG